ACAAAGUGCAAUAUACUCUAUUAAUAUUAAAAAUUUGUAUUUUGCCUUGCAAGCAUUAAAUCGUUACAAAAUCGUUUGUUAAACGUCCUCUGCAGAGUCUCACGUUCAAUUGAAGGAAGAAGAGUCUCGUCUUUGUUUUUCUUGAAGAUGCAGGCCAGCGACAGGUUUAACAUUAACUCUCAGCUUGAACAUCUACAAGCUAAAUAUGUGGGAACUGGACAUGCAGACAUGAAUAGAUUUGAGUGGGCAGUAAAUAUCCAACGUGACAGCUAUGCAUCCUACGUUGGCCAUCACCCUAUCCUAUCAUACUUUGCCAUUGCUGAAAAUGAAUCAAUUGGAAGAGAACGCUAUAACUUUAUGCAGGCAUUUGUUUCUGGGUUGGGCCUGGUCAGCAUAUAAAGUCCCUGUAGCCUUAAACUGGCAGUGCUUAAAAUGACAAAUCUGUGCUCUGUUUGAGACCGGAUUCCAAAGCCCACAGCGCCUCCAAGUCUUGUGCGCCUUAAAGUUGCCGCUUGUCGGUGCUCGAAAAUAUCAAAGCUGUGCCUUGGUCCUUGGAAGGGCCACACACACACACACAGACACACACACUCACACUCGCACACACACA